AUGCCGCCCAGAUCUUCUCUCACGUCUUCUUUUUCAAUCACCGACUCCAACAAUGAGGUCGUCUGUCCUCUGCGGAAUCAGGAUGGAUCUAGCUGUAGGAAAAGAUGCAUCGGUGAAAAACGAUAUCGCUCCAUGCAAGAACACAUUCGCCGCGCUCAUCCAGAACACUACAUUUCGAAGCUCCCAGCGACCGAGGAAAGCUUCAUGCUCAUGAUCAACACUCCUCCAUCCGAACGUCCAAUGCAGCAAAGCGCAACUUCUGUUCCCCAGGGUUCGUCCCUCUCAAUCCAGGGCUAUCCCCCAAAGAUUGACCAUCUUCAAGGCUUCAAUCACGACCAUCACAUGUAUGAUAACAGUAACCCGGGCACGCCUCGAACCAUGGACGACCACGCCGUUGGUUCCAUGCUCCCCGCUGCCAGUGCUGCUGCGGCGCUGGCUCAGCUCCACGGUCACAAAGUCGAACCCGAAUGGGAGGAAAUGGGUUGGCACUCAGACACGGAGGGACGCCGCAUUCCAAGGACAUCAAUUGAGCUGCCUCCGCUGCACUUGACGAAUAACGACAUUACUAGCGAGCCAUUCCCAGCUAUGAACUCCAGUCGGCCACGGGAUAUUCUGCCGUCAAUUCUGGCGAAUUCGCCCCCCGGUCGCUCUUCAACAUUACCCCCAAUCCAACGGCCUGCUGUAGGACCUGCCCGACCAAGGAAGCAGUCCGUCACCAAGAGAGGCCGAGAGGCGCACCACAAGAAGCAGAAGUCUCGCGGCUCGGCAGCAGACUGGCUUCGGCGGAUCCAAAACGACGAACGGCUUAGACCAGGUAACAAUGACCGUAAGGCGUUAUCGGCUGAACCUUCUGCAGACUAUGGGAAGAGAUGGGAAGAUCUCAUCGAUGCCGCCGAUCAAGCUGCAUCAGCUGCCGGCGACAUCGAUGAGGAUAGGACUCCAAUGCCUCAAUCACCAGUUUCUAUUCACCGGGCUUCUUUGCCGCCAUUCCAGCACCAUGGAUUUCCAUCAGCGACAGCUGGAGGGAACUAUCAAGCCUCGCCAUUGCAGCAGGCCUUGACCCCGCCAUCCUACAGCCAGGACACAAUUGACCCAUUCCCGUCGGUUGAAAGCGGUGAAAGCGGGGAGAACUUCCACAUCGAGUCGCGAGGCCUAUCGGAUUCAUCACCAAGUUAUUCUUCUCAGAAUACCCAGAUCUACUGCGCAGCCUGUCAGAGCGUUUCACUUCUCAAGGACUCAUACGCCUGCACAGAAUGCAUCUGCGGUCUGUGCCAGGCGUGUGUCGACGUUCUCAUGGCAGAGCAGGGGGCUCGCCGCAAAUGCCCCCGUUGCGCAACAAUCGGCGGCCGGUUCAAGCCGUUCCAGCUUGACAUCCGGUGA